AUGACCUUAUCAUCGAGAAGAAGAGAAUUAAGAGCAGCUUUGGAGAAAGGUCGUCAUGUAGAUGAUGGAUCAGCUGGUGGCUUUGGAACUGGUGAGGCGUUAAAUGAUGCCCAAAUAGCUCAAGAAUGGGCUGAUCAUCAUCAGCAAGAAAUUAAGGCUGUUCAGGAUGAAGCUAGGGAAGAUGAGGAAGAUGAGGAAGAAGAAGAAGAUGAUGAUGAUGAAAGGGUAGGGGUGGAGGUGGAAGGAGAAGUGGGAGAUGAUGUUGGUCAGCGGUUCUUUCCCCAGACUGGUGGAUUUGAUGGAGACGUUGUUAGUGGCGGUAGUGGUAGUGUUGAAUUUUCACCAAAUGCAACCGGUAGCAGUAAAGGAACUAAACGCACCAACAAGAUUCCUACAACCGGUAGCUCUAAAAAACAGAAACCAAAUGAAGACGGAAAUGGUGGUUUAGAUAAUCAAGGUAUUACUACCCAAGUUGGAAAUACAGAUUCAGGUUCAGCUGUUAAUGCUGUUGUAGCUGUUGGUGGCGGUGUUGGUGGCGGCAGUUCUGGCGUUGGCAGUAUUGGUGGCAGUAGUUCUGGUAUUGGCGGUAUUGGUGGCGGUAGUUCUGGUAUUGGCGGUAUUGGUGGCGGUAGUUCUGGUGUUGGCGGUAUUGGUGGCGGUAGUUCUGGUGUUGGUGGCGGUGUCGCUGGUACCGCAGGAGGUACUACCACCCAGGUCCCCAAACAGACAAGAACAAUAUUCAAACAUAUUGAUAAUCCUGACUCAACAAUUUGUGAGUUUUGCGGAAAAGAAUUUAGAAAUGUAAUUGAUAAGAGGAACCAUAGAAGAACGCAUUCUCAACCAAAGAAAUAUGAGUGUUCUUCAUGCGGUAAGAAAUUCAGCCAAAAGGCCAACUUGGCUAUACAUGAAACCCAUGUUCAUCAUGACUUGGUAUUGGGAGAUGAUGAGAUUGUUGGUGGCGUUGAAGGUACAACAAGUGAACAACAGCAGUUUAAGGAGGAAGUUGAGCAAUUGCAUCGUAUGCAACAGCAUGCCCAGGAACAAUUGCAACAACAGUUACAGCAGCAACACCAACACCAACAACACCAACAACACCAACUUCAACAACAACAGCAACUUCAUCUUCAGCAACAACAGCAACAACAACAACAACAACAACAACAACAACAACAACAACAGCAGCAGCAGCAGCAUCAGCAGCAUCAGCAGCAUCAACAUCAACUCCAGCUUCAACUUCAUCAUCCACAACAUCAACCUCACAUUCAUCAUCAACAAUACGGAAGUAAUGUGGUUGACGAUAAUGUCAAUGUGUUUGCUGAUGAUCCAUCGAAACAACAACCUAACGUCAAUUUGAAACAAGUUCGAGUAUUUCAUUGUAAUUCAUUCAAGUGUGGUAAAGGAUUUACAUCAUAUGAGAAAUUAAUGAAUCAUAUAGAGACUGAUCAUAGUGAAAUGCUGCACGUGGCAGGAAAAGGUAGGGGUGGUGACGCAAGUGCAAGUACAAGUGUAGGCAGUGGUGUAAUUUACGAUCCUACUAAUGCUGCUCAGGCUGCUCAGGCUGCCGCGCAAGCAGCGGCUGCAGUACAAGCAGUUGCAGCUGCACAAGCAGUAAAUAUGGUGAAUGCAACAGGACCUGGUGCAACCAAUAAUGACCAUCACCCCCAGUUGGGCAACUACAACACCGCUGCGGGCCCUGGUGCAGUGACGGUGGCAGCACCUACAACAGCUACCGGUUUACCCACCACCACUACUACUAUUCAUCCCAAACCAAGAACAAGAAGAAAAGAACCAACACAAGAAUCGAUUAAUGCAAAGAUCCACCAUUGUACUCAUGUUGGGUGCGAUCGAGCAUUUGCCAAGAUUAGCGAUCUAACAAGACAUUUUAGGAUUCAUACAGGGGAAAGACCUUAUGUGUGUGAACAUUGUGGAGCAUCAUUUAAUCAACGGUAUAGGUUGACUACACACGUGCGGAUCCACACAGGAGAAAAACCCUUUAGUUGCAAAUAUUGUGGAAAGACUUUUGCCAGAGGUGAUGCUGUGCAGUCGCAUAUCUUCUCGAUACAUCGUGGCAAAGGUGAAGUAUUCUGA